GCCCACUUCCUGUGGCUGCAUUGGAUAAAGAGCCAAGAAGCCUAGGGAGGAGGAGUGCGGAGUCUUGCCAUGAUGCUGAGCCUGCUGUUUGUGACUCUCUGCCUUGUGGGAGGCUCUGCUUCUAAGCCCCAAGCACCAGUCAUCAAGAAAGAGUUGGUGGACAUUGUGGGGGGACACAAUGCUGCAAGUGGGAAGUGGCCCUGGCAGGUCAGCCUGAAGGUGUACAACUACCAGUGGGCUUUCUGGGAGCACAAAUGUGGUGGCUCCCUCAUUCACCCACAGUGGGUACUGACUGCUGCCCACUGCAUUGACAAUCGAAAUACUGACCCAUCAACCUACCGCAUCCUGGCUGGAGAAAUAUACCUCUAUGGGGACCAGAAGCUGUUGAGUGUGAACAAGAUCAUUAUCCAUCCAGACUUUGUUAAUGCUUAUUUGGGUGCAGAUGUAGCACUCCUGCAACUGGUAAAACCUGUGAAUAGCUCUACCAAUGUCAAGCCCAUCAAGCUGACCUUCCUUAAUCAUGAGGUCACUCAGAAGGAUGAGUGUUGGGUGACUGGAUGGGGUCAAAUGAAUUUUUAUGGUUUGCUGUUGCCACCUUUUCGCCUGCAGGAGAUGAAAGUAAAGGUGGUUGAGAGCUCUGUCUGUGAAGAGAUAUUCCAGAAUAUUCGGUACCCCUACAAUGAAGAGAGGAUCAUCCUGGGUGACAUGCUGUGUGCUGGCAGUGAGGGCCAUGACUUCUGUCAGGUUGACGAUGGUGGCCCACUUGUCUGCAAUGUCUCAGAUUCCUGGACCUUGGUGGGAGUGGUCAGCUUUGGCAGAGCCUGUGGCUGGCAUAUUACUGGAGUCUUUGCUCGCGUUCAGUCCUAUGUUCCCUGGAUCCAGAAACGUAUUCAGAAUUCCUCCUGAGCCCAGUCUACUGGCCUCCACUGGUCAGCCAAGGAGGUGUCUGCUGCCCUCCUUUCAGUGCCUCGGCCUGUGGCUUCUUCUCCUGCAUGAUCCAAGACUUAUCUUCUUCUCUGUCCUCCUCAGGGUCCUGGAAUUUCAUGAAAACUCCAGGGUGAGAGCCUGUGCCUGGCUCUUGCUGUCUGUCCCUGAUAGGAGAUCACGAGAUGUGUGGGGCAUGGGCCUGAGUUCCAUAUAUACUGGUGUUCAAAUUUGCUAAGUACCCAGCUGUUGGAGAACACCUGGAAUAUUUUGCUUUCUACCUAUCCUGAAUAAACAUGUCAUGAAAAA